AUGGCUAACGACAACCUUUCCUCUGUUCCUAAGUUGCUGCUUCUGCUUCUUCUAUUUAUCUUGUGCAACAAUGCUGAGACUUCCUCUAACAUCAAGUAUCUUCCUGGUUUUGAAGGCCCUCUUCCUUUUGAGCUCGAAACAGGGUAUAUUGGUGUUGGUGAGGAAGAAGAAGUGCAACUGUUUUAUUACUUCAUUAAGUCUGAGAGGAAUCCAGAAGAAGACCCUCUUCUUAUCUGGUUAAGUGGAGGACCUGGCUGCACUUCUCUCUCUGGACUUCUUUAUGAGAAUGGGCCUAUGACUGUGAAGUUUGAGGUUUACAAUGGAACUCUUCCUUCUUUGGUCCCUACUACAUAUUCAUGGACGAAGGUUGCGAGUAUAAUAUAUUUGGAUCAGCCUGCUGGAACUGGCUUUUCCUACUCAAGAACUCAAAUUGCUGAUAAACCAAGUGAUUCAGGAGAAGCCAAGCGGAUCCACGAGUUUCUUCAUAAGUGGCUAAACAAGCAUCAAGAGUUUUUCUCCAAUCCUCUCUAUGUCGGCGGAGAUUCUUAUUCUGGUAUGGUAGUUCCGGCACUUGUUCAAGAAAUCUCAAAAGGAAAUUAUUUAUGCUGCCAACCUCCAAUAAACCUUCAGGGCUAUGUGCUCGGAAACCCGGUAACAGAAUAUGAAGUUGAUUGGAACUACCGGAUUCCUUAUGCUCAUGGAAUGGCACUCAUCUCUGAUGAACUGUAUGAGUCAAUGAAGAAAAUCUGCAAAGGAAAAUACAGAAAUGUUGAUCCACGUAAUAAGAAAUGCUUGAAACUCGUUGAAGAAUAUGAGAAGUGCACUGAUAGAAUAAACCUAUCAUUAAUCUCAACACCAUCAUGUGAUGAAUUAGAAAAUACAGCACCAGAUUGCUACUCAUAUCGGUACUUGUUAACUACCUACUGGGCCAAUGAUGAGAGCGUGCGCAAGGCUCUUCACAUCAAUAAGGAAAGUAUAGAGGAAUGGGUACGUUGUUAUUGGGAAGUACCUUACAAUCAUGACAUUGAAAGCAGCGUACCGUACCAUAUGAAUAACAGCAUCGAUGGCUAUCCUUCUCUCAUCUUCAGUGGUGAUCACGACAUGCAAGUGCCUUUCCUUGGAACUCAAGCUUGGAUUAGGUCUCUCAACUAUUCUCUUACUGAUGAUUGGAGACCUUGGAUGAUAGGAGAUCAAGUCGCUGGAUACACGAGGACUUAUGCAAAUAAGAUGACUUUUGCUACUAUCAAAGGAGGAGGACACACUCCAGAGUAUAAACCAUAUGAGAGCUAUAUAAUGUUCCAAAGGUGGAUCCAUGGUCAACCUCUUUAA